AUGGGUAAUUUUAGAUUUCCAAUUAAAGUAAAGAAUCCUGUUGGAUUUCUUAAUACCAGAAUAAUUCGUGAUAAUUUCAAGAGACAACAAGUCGCUGACCAUGAGGUAACAGUAACUGCAUUGAAAUUUAUUUCUAGAAACACUUUGUUACCUGCUAGAGUGAGAUUGGAAGCUCAGUUACAAUUAGCAACCAUGCCAAACUAUACCAGAGAAGCACAGAUUAAAAAUAGAUGUGUGGAAAGUGGAAACAGUCACUCUGUUAAUAGAGCCUUUAGAUUGUGUAGACAGCAGUUCAGAGAAAGAGCUAGAGGUGGUGAUUUGCCUGGUGUCAAAAAGGGUGUGUGGUAA